UUUCAAUCACCUCCUGUGCUAUGAGUUACAGAAUCUUGACUUCGCAAAAUGUCACAAGCUCAAGAUAAAUCCAUGAAGGCUAUCGUUUGGGAAGGCACGCCCUUCCAGAUGGCCUUGAAGAACCAGCCUAUUCCUCAUAUUAUGGAUGCAAACGACAUUGUUAUUCGUAUCACAACAGCCGCAAUCUGUGGAACAGAUAUACACAUGUAUCACGGCCUCUUCGGCAGCAAAACUCCCCCGUGGAUCAUGGGUCACGAAGGACUCGGCACGAUUGUGGAAGUAGGAGAGGGUGUAAAAUCCCUCAAGGUCGGAGAUCGGGUGCUGGCUCCCGGAGCGAUUUACUGUGGAUACUGUGAAAAUUGCCACCGUGGCUGCCUUACCUAUUGCCUCACAUUCAAUCCGCCUACUCUCGUUGAUUUUCCGGGGUUUGGAGAAGACUUUGGGCCAAAUCUAGGCGGUGCUCAAGCGGAGUACAUUCGUGUUCCAUUUGCGGACUCAUCUUGUCUCAAGCUUCCUCCAACAACAGAGCAUGACCUCGACUAUAUCAUCCUCAGCGACAUUUUCCCAUCAGCCUGGCACGCACUUGACUGCGCAGGGUUCGAAGCGGGAGAUACGGUCGCAGUCUUUGGCGCUGGUCCACUAGGUCUGCUAUCUGCCUACUCGGCUAUACUACGUGGGGCAACCACGGUCUACUCGGUUGACUAUGUUCCUUCUCGACUAGAGAAAGCAGCCUCGAUAGGCGCUAUCCCUAUUGAUUUCACCAAGAACGACCCUGUUGAACAAAUUCUAAAACGCGAGCCGCGGGGUGUGCGUCGCAGCAUUGACUGCGUUGGGUUUGAGUGUGUGAAUAGCAAGCUCGAGCCGGAAGAGAACCUAGUCUUGAAUGAUUGUAUCAAGGUUACGGAGGCGACAGGAGGGAUUGGCCUUUAUGGUGUAUACCCUCCAUAUCCAGGCUCAACAGCAGGAACGCCUCUAGCUACAGAUAAACAAGGAAAAUUUCCCGUGCUUAUAGGACUUCUUUGGUUCAAGGGUCUAUCAAUUCGAGGCGGCGUGGCUGAGAUACAAAAAUUACAACCUAUGCUACAGAAGUUGAUUGAGAGUGGUAAGGCAAAGCCAAGCUUUAUUAUUGACGAGGUUUUGUAUAGUCUUGAUGAGGUGCCCCGCGCAUAUGAAAGGUUUUCUACUCACAAGAUUGGAAAACCGGUUAUACAGUUUAAUUCUUAAGCUAACAGCAUGGCUUUCAAAAAGUAGCUGUAUAUAUGGAGGUGGUGCGUGCAAGGAUCAGAGACCCAGUUCCAAGGCUUCAGACCUUGUGGCUUAGGGUCAGAAAGAUCAAAAGUUCAUUCUGUCUAUGGUUAGCUGUUAGCAUAAUUGUCAGAGUCAGCAAUUUUGAAUAUGCCAACAUUUGAACAUAAGCGAGACAGUCUAAAGCUGGAAAGGCGCGACUUUCGCCUCUAAUCAUGUGACAUUCACCCAUUGCUCGGUAGUGGUCGAGAGGUCAUUUCAGAACAAACAUAUGAUUAGUGUUUUUCUGCCCCGUUGCCAAGACACAAGCUUGAUUUUGAGCGUUGAUAUUCCCCGGUUCAUACUGUUGUCCUAAGCUUAUACUGUUAGCGUAAGUUUGCUGCCAAUCUACUAUUGCCUUUGGUUUCUACCGUAAGCCUAAGUUCAUACUACGGGUGAGAGUUGUAAACCUUACCCACUAGUCUGAGUACGGAUUCGUAUUUUAGUCUAGUGGGAAAAUCUACUGUCAGACAGCUAUGCAGCAGCGUAC